AAAAUAUUAAUUUAAUUGUAGUUAUAUAAAUUUCUCUUAUAUGUUUUCAUGAAUGGAUAUGUUAAUGUGCAUGUGCGGAAAGCAUGGUAAUCUGAAGUUUUAUAAAAUAAUUUAAACGAUUCGCUGAUUUGAAUUUCAUGUUAUAAACAUAAAUAUUUUCGCUAUAAUUCAAAUGUGCUACGAUACUGCGUUGAAUAAUAAACAUCUUGACAUACAUUCGAGAUACGUUAAUGAUGAAAGCAUUAUAUCUAUUAUCAUCCAUAGAAUGAGAUAGGUCAGGAUCGAGAAUUUUUGCAAUGGAAAAUUUUUUAUCUUUAUUAUAAAAUCAUAUGGAUACAUUUCGGUGAUUUGACAAUUUUAAAAUGCUGGCGGAUAUACAAGUAAAUGCCGGAUAUACAGGGUGAUUCAAACCAUUUGUCCCUAAAAACAUUAUUUCUAACUAAAUUUCGAGACUUAACUUCUUUCCUUGUGUUCAAAAUUUACAUUUUUAAUUAUAAAAGGAACUAAUUUAUUUAUUACAGAAAAAUACAUAAAGAUAAUGACGAUAGCAAUUCAGAUAUAAAUGCAAAUCUUCUGGAGCUAAACAUUUCCUGAAAUAAAAGUGACUCCUGUACCCAAUUCCGCAUAAUAAGCAAACAAUUUCUUUUUAUAAUUCAAAAACUAAACCUCGGGCAAAGUUUGAAAAGAGAACGAGAAUCAUCUCGGAAUUCAAAUUAGCAAUUUCUAAAACGAAAAUUCAGAAUCACCCUGUACAUCAGAUUAUCCGCGCGGCGGCAGAUUGCCGUGGCGCCAUCUACGAAGCAACGCAGGCAUGCGCGCGCACUCGAGAAUUUGGCACGCGGUUCGCUCGUAGCUCGCCGCACGAAUUCCGUGCGUGCAUUCCCGAUUCAGUCUUAUUCGAUAGCGGAUCUCGGUCGGACGGCAGGUGAGACCGCGGGUGAUUCGCGAAUCCAGCCUUGGUCGCGAAUCGCGCCGCUAGUACAGAAAAGGAGAACCCGAUGGCACACGUAGCGAAGAAGAGACCAAGGUGGUUUCCCAGUUAAGAUUCCCGAACGAUGUGCCAUGGCCUCGUCCUUAGGGGGCCCAGGAAUGACAUCGGGCGUCCCGUCGUCGCGAAUAGUCAACCUGGAAUUUCCCCCACCUCCACCUUACCCGCCGCCCCACAAUCAGAUAUCGUGCAACGCAUUAAUGGAACCGGUAACGCCAGUGGUGUCACCCAUCACGAGUUCGCGCCAGCAUCUUUUGGAUUAUUCGUAUGCCUACUACCCGUCUGACUCGGGUCAUUUCCAUGCCGCAUAUCCGACGGACGUGCUGUUGCAGCAGCAGCAGCAGCAGCAACAACAGCAAGAACAGCAGCAGCAUCAGCAGCUGCUGCUGCGACAAUCUCAGCAACAGUUACAGAUAAGGUCGGAUCCUUUAAAGAGACACACUUACACAACUUGCUACGGCACGGAGGAGAACAUUUACGAGGAGAUAUCGGAAAUCAACAAGCAAUGCCACCGCGCGUUACACGGAUCGCGAAGGUCGCUGGUGGCAGAGGAGGUGCGUCGCGUCCAAUCGCGGCAUCGCCGCGUGCUCGGGGAACUCAAUCUAAGCGUGGAGGCGAUGCUGAUGCCAACCGUGGUCGACAAUAAUGAGGAAGAGAUGACGCAGGAGGACGCUCAUGGAACUUCCACCGAAGAACUAUUGCCUUCGGUCGGAUGCCCAGCCGAUGAUCUCCUCUCUCGCGUCGGCUGCGACAUGGACAGCGGUUUCAGCGGGAGCUCUACCGCGAGUUACAGGUCAGGCUUGGAGAACUAUUAUCCGCUCUUUGUCUGGCCUUCUCUCCCGUUCCCGUUAAGAAUAUCAUGAUCAUCUUAAACGAUUUACAAAUAGAUCUG